UUGUUUCAUUCUUGCAAAAAAUUGUCAAUAUUUAUUGAGAAUAAGAAUGCUAUGGCUUCUAAAGGAAUCAUUGAGAAACUAGCACCCUUGCUAGAUUCACCCAAUGCUGAUUUGGUAAAUGUUACCCUAAAACUUCUUUUCAACUUGACAUUUGACACUAAACUGCGCAAUAAAAUGGUGAAAAUGAGCCUGUUGCCCAAGUUUAUUCAGUUUACAAGUGAUGAUAAACAUAUUAACUUGGCAAUGAAAAUUCUUUAUCAUCUUAGUAUGGAUGACAGAGUGAAAGUUUUGUUUACACAAUCUGAUUGUGUUAAAUUGUUGACAGAUAUGUUGUUGCUGAAUGUGAACAGCGAUUCCAGCUGUGACAACGGUCCUGGUACUACAGAUGUGUUGCUGGCUUUAUGUGUGAACCUAGCGUGGUGUGAGCGAGCCGCCCAGCAGAUGACCUCCGAGGGGCGCCUACGGGAACUCCUCGCUAGGGCUUUCAGACACAGGAAUGCUAUGCUCAUGAAGCUAGUGCGCAAUCUGUCACACCACUCUGUGAAUAAACCGCUUUAUGUGGAGUUCGUCGGUGACAUAGCCGGCGCUGUGACCAGCGAUGACGCGUCCGAUGAAUUUCUCAUAGAGUGUCUGGGUACACUGAGUAACAUACUACAAUCCAACAACAAUAUCGAUAUAUAUGCAGUCGUCGAAAGAUACAACCUCAUACCUUGUAUACUUAAAAUAUUGGAUCCAGCGGCUCAGCGAGAUCCUGAGUUGGUGUUAGAGUGCGUGGUAGCGGCGGGUACUUUGGGUGUGGAGGAGCGAGCAGCUGCGUCACUAGCAGCGGACGGGGGAGACGCGCUAGUAGCCGCUCUCCGACAGAGGCAAGCUGAUGACGAACAUGUACUACAGACGGUGUUCGCCUUCAGACAGAUGCUCUCACAUCCAAAGGCUGCUGAACAUCUCGUCACAAAGACCGAGGCACCAGCUUAUCUCAUCGACCUCAUGCAGGACAAAAAUGUUGAGAUCAGAAAGAUGUGCGAUUCGUGUCUCGAUAUUAUAUCACAAAUGCCCAACGAAUGGGCGGCCAGGAUUAAGGUGGAACGGUUCCGGUGUCACAACGGCCAGUGGUUGUCGGUGGUGGAGACGCUGGGUGCAGAGGGCGGGGCGGGGGACGCAGCGGACGACCUGCCGCCCUACCUCUCCGCUGAAUACCUCACCACACACCGACUUACUACCUCCGAUUCACAAAUUUCUCUUAACGAGGACUCGGAUAGCUUUUCUGGUGAAGCCGACUCAAAUCGAGCUCAUAGCAGGAACACACAGAAUGGACAUGCCGAUGAAUUGUUGGGAUUAUCAGAUUCCUUAUCAGGAAAGACAUUGGAGGAUGAUGCACAGUUCACAAAGAGUUUAGAUUCUUUCACUUAA